AUGUACAUGGUCCCAGUUUUCAUCUUGGGGGCUAUCCUCAUUACCCUCUACCAUCUCCUCAAACCCCUCAUCGAUUACACUCUAGACUGUAAAGGCCUCCGCAAAUAUCCCGCUUAUAACACACUCUGCGCCCUGACAAACCUUGGCUGGUGUGUCGAAACGUGGCGCGGCGGAAUACGGUCAAAGAAGCUGAGCGAUAUGCACAAGGUCCACCCUGUGAUCCGUAUCGGACCGAACUCACUCUCAUACGGCCAUCCGGGUGCAUACAAUGAUAUCUACGGCCACGGCACAAAGUGUCUCAAGGAUACCUUCUACCAGACAGAAAAGACAACCCACUUCAAUCUCGGGAAUGUGAUCGACAAGGCUGACCAUACCCGGAAGCGCAAGAUGUUGGCUAGUGCCUUUGCGACGAAGAAUCUGGAAGACUGGGAGGAUAAAAUCGCCCACAAGGUGAAGCAGUGUAUUGCUGCCUGUGACAAGCAUUGUACGGCACCUUUAGUGGAAGGAUCCGAUCCGGAUCCAAAGGAUUCGAAUUUUGACUUUAGGGCUUGGUCGAACUUCUUCACAAUCGAUGCUAUCGGAGAGCUUGCCCUAUCGGAGGACUUAGGACUUCUCACCGCGGGAAAUGACUUGGUCACUGCCGCGGGCCGUGAUGGGAAAGCAUAUCAAGCGCCAUACCGGGACUGUCUACACGCGUCGAAAAUCGCACAUACUAGGAUUGCCUUUGCAGAUAAAUGGUACCAUAUCAACAGCAGAUACACCACGCGACUUUUAGCAUCCUACCGCAAGUUGUGGGAAUUCAAUGAUGGAUGGAGUGAUAUUGUGAACUACCAUGUUCAAAAGCGUCUGGGCCGCUACAGAGCGGGCGAAAAGCUCGACGAUAUCUUCCAAUAUUUGCUGCACAACAAGAGCGGUGAGCCUUAUAGCCUUGAAUGGGGAGAGAUUGCCGCGGAGAGCGCUGUGAUACUUGAUGCCGGAUCCGCCACGACCGCGAUAGCCCUGAAUAAUGUGAUUUACUGGCUAAUUCGGAACCCGAGGUGUCUUGCGAAAUUAAGAAACGAAGUUGACGAAGCUCUUGACGACAGCGAUACUAUUGCACCGCAUGAUAAAGUCAAGAAUCUCCCCUACCUACGCGCCUGUCUGGACGAAGGUCUCCGCAUCACACCCCCAUUCAGCUAUAACCUCCCCCGACGAACACCCGCCGAAGGGGCUUACAUUCUCGGUGAAUUUAUUCCCGGGAACACGACAGUAUCCAUGUCUUCUUACGUCGCCCACCGCGACGAAGAGGCCUUUCCAGAUGCAGAAAACUAUAUACCCGAGCGAUGGCUAGACGGAAAACGCAAGGAUAUUCAGUCGAGUUUUGUACCGUUCAGUGCUGGGUCGAGGGCUUGUAUUGGACGGAAUCUGAGUUACAUGGAGCAGACGGUUAUGGUGGCGACCCUUGUGAGGAGGUAUGAGUUUGCGCUUCCUACUCCGAACUGGGAGCAGGAGAGAAUUGAGGUGACGAAUCUAUUGCCAGGGCCGUUGCCGUUGAAAAUUUGGAGGAGGACAACAGACAGUAAGAAGGAUACGUGAUAGUUAGAUCACUAAUCCACUUUUGUUCGUUGCUCUAAGUCCAUUGCGAUAGAUAGGAAAAGAAUUAUUUUUUCUUUCUUUCUUUUCUUUUUUAUAUGUUAGCCCUCCCAAGCCUCCUUCAAACUCUGUGCAAUCCCA